AUGCAUUGUUCCAGUAUACAUUACGCUGAUGAUGAAGAAAUAAUAGAAAUACUAGCUGAUGUAGCUGCUGAAUCUAGUUCAUCGGGGGACGAUUCUGAGGAAGAACAGGUAGAGCAUCCAAAAUUUGUCGGGUUUCUUCCGUUUUACAAAUUUUUACUGAAACAGUGUUAUAUUUCUAAAGCGAGGUGUAAUGAAAACGAUCAAAAUCACAGCCGUACAAUGUCUGGAAAGCCCAAAAUACCUGCAAAGACAAUGAUAUAUAUGUACAUAUGGUACCUAAGCAACACCAUAACCUACAGACAACUUGCUAAUUUGUUUGGUGUAACGAAAUCCACUACAUGGGCAAUUGUUCGUCGCGUUGUUGCGUGGAUCAUUUCAAUAGGAUACGAGUUUAUCAAGUGGCCAACUGGAGAAGCAGUGGAAGAUACCACGAGAAAGUUUUUGCAAAGAAAGAAAGUACCUGGUGUCAUUGGUGCAAUAGACUGCACACAUAUAACUAUUAACGCACCAAAAAAAGAUAAGCAUAUAUAUUUUGAUCGAAAACGAAAUUACAGCUUAGUUUUACAGGGAAUUGUCGAUGCCGAUAUGAAGUUCAUUGAUAUUUAUUGCGGCGAGCCUGGGUCCUACCAUGACUUCAGAGUACUUAAGAGGUCAGCGUUUUAUAGGAAAGCAGAAAAUAGUGUUGAAAAUUUGUUUCCAAACUCUACAUUUAUCCUUGGAGAUUCGGCAUACCCUUGCAAAAAUUACUUAAUUCCGGUAUUCAAAGAUUAUGGUUCACUAACAGAACAACAAAUCAGAUUCAACAAAAUUCAUUCGUCGGCAAGAAUUGUUGUAGAAAACGCGUUCGGCUUACUCAAAGGUCGUUUUCGCAGACUUCUUAAGUUUACAGAGCAUAAAGAUUUAUGCGAUGUAACACAUUUGGUGGCGAGCGCAUGUAUUAUGCAUAACAUAUGUAUAUUAAAAAACGACGACACCUUCAUCGUUGAAGCAAAUGAAAGUGUGGAAUUAGAACCAGUCUCUGUGAGCGAAAGUGACAUAAGUGGAGAUCGUCGUAAUGAGUUAUUUAUUCAGUUAUUAAGAGGAAAUGUUUGAGCUUAAGCUUGAGU